UCAGCCACACAGAAGAAAAAGUUAAAAUCAACUCACAGCAGAGGAGGGAGGGAGAGAGGGGGAGAAUACGCCCUGGAAACUUGGUUGAUCGAGAAAAAGGAAAGGAGUGACAGAAUCCUAACAGACUGCAAAGCUGGGACUGGAAGAAGUGCUUUUGGGCCGGGAACUGGACACGUUUUUCAGGAUGCUCAAGCUAGAGUGAGGCUUCUUGAGCGCACAGACUGCGCAAAGCAGAAGUCGAGAAAGAAGGACACAGCAGCAGACUGAAGCCUUCGGCAUUGCUUGAGCAAUCCAAGGGAAAACCAAGGUAGACUUUCCUGCGCACAGAGGCUGCAAUAGUGGAGAGCAGAAAAAAAAGAUGGCUGAAGAGGAAGAAACCAGGGAAGUGCUCUUUCCAGACUGGGAGGGUGCAGAAGAAACUGGCUUGACCAUUGAACGGACGAGUGAAGGAGACAUCUUUGUAAAGGAGGUGAAAGGAGAGUCAGCUGCAGCACGGUCUGGACAAGUAUAUGAAGGUGACCAAAUUGUGGGAGCCACUAUCUACUUUGAUAACAUGAGUUCAGAAGAAACAGCUGACCUACUAAAGACGUUGAACCGCCACAAGGUUGGACUGAAACUACAAAACAAAUCCCCUUGCUGCUCGCCCUUGAGCACACCAUGUCGUUCACCAAUGGGUACACUGACAUGGGAAGGGAAGACCCGGUUUGGAGGUUCCAGUCCAGACAUCAUCCUUAGUGGUGAUGAUGAGGACUAUAAGAGAAUAUACACAAAGAAAAUCAAACCAAGGCUGAAGUCUGAGGACCUUGCAGAAGGAGUUGAUGUUCGUACAGAGCGGCACAGCAGCACAAGCACUGAUGGCAGCACAAUUACUACCAUCACCCGCCGCAUUACUACCUACACAGUGGACAUGCCAAGUGGCCCAAGUGAGCAGCUUGAGGUUUCAAGCCCAGAGUUCAAGGGGCCAAGGAACGAAUCUGCAGAUGGUUCUCCUCGUUUCAAAAUCUCACAUGGCAGCCCUUCAGGUAAAGAGGGAACAGAGGAGGGAGUUUUUGAGUCAAGCAAUGUCUCUUACACUGGACCACAUGUUAGCUCCACAGAGACACGGUGGGGCAGUGGGGGUGUUAAGACCACAACAAAUACAAGAGAGAUAGAAAAAGACAGAAGUGCAGGUCUCAGAUUUAAAGGACCAAACUUUGGAAUAACAGGUGGUGGCCAGGCAGGUUUUGAGAUCUCAAAAGGAGGUGCAGAGCAAGGAGAUGGAAGCAACCAGUUGUCAGAAGCAGGCAUGAAACUAAGAGACAGCACAAACACUGGGAGUAAGCAUGUUACAAUAGGAGGGAUAGGAGGUGCAGAGGUUAUCUCUGCGGACGAGAAUGGAGGAUCAGCGGUAACAAUUGGCCAUGUUAAAUCGGGAUAUUCCUCAAGGUCUGCCAAGAUUUCAAUGGCAGGUGUGGAUGUAAGUGGUGUGCCAAAGACUGAGGGAGAAAUCAAGGCACCGAUAGUAGACUUCAAAGGUCCAGAUGUAAAUAUUGAGGGAAAUGAAGGGGAUUUCAAAAUGCCUCAGAUAAAGAUACCAUCAUUUGGUGGUCAUGGGGUUGCUAUUAAAGCACCUACAGCUGGUGUUGAAAGCAUUGAUUUAAAAAUCAAAGGAACCAAACCUGAUAUUGACAUUAAAGCACCACAAAUUGAUGUCAAAACCACUGUGGUUGGCAUUAAAGGGGACAAAGUUGAUAUGGAACGGUCAGAUGCAAACAUUAAUAUCCCAAAAUUGGAUAUUAACAUUGAGGGACAUGAAGCUGGACCCAAUGGCCUAAAAGAUACGAAAUUUCAAGGUGAUGUGUCUGUACCAAAAAUGAAAGGAGGUAAAAAGAUUGUAAAAACUCAAGUGGGACCUAAAACAGCUGAAAUCGAAACACCAUCAUUUGGAAUUAAAGUUCCAAGGGUUGAAGGGCAAGAAGUUAAUGUUCAAGGGCCGAAGAGUGAAUUUGAAAUGCCUAAAAUCAAAAUUCCAUCCUUUAAAGGGGAUGUUAAUAUUCCCAAAGCUGCAAUUGUUGGGAAAGUACCUGAUGUUGACAUCAAAUCUCCACAGAUUGACGUGGAAGUCCCUGUAAAAGGUCCAAAGAUCCCAAAUCUUGACUUCAAACUAAAAGGUCCUAGAGUCGAGGGAAAUGUGGAUGCUUCUCUUCCAAAGAUGGAAGGAGGCAUAACAACUUCUGAGGUGAACAUUGAAGGACAAGGAUUUGAUAUUGAGGGCAAAAAAGGUGGAUUUAAAAUGCCUUCAUUUAAAAUGCCAUCACUCAACAUAAAGGGUCCAAACAUAGAGGGUGCAGACAUUGAUGUGUCCCUUCCAAAAGCAAAAGUUGAUGUUCCAGGUACUGACAUUGACAUCAAAUUACCAGAGGUAGAUAUUGAAGGACCAAAACUCAAAGGACCCAAAUUUAAUAUGCCGACAAUGUCAGAUGUGGAUUUAAAAAUAAAAGGUCCAAAAACCGAGGGAGACAUAAGAGCACCUAAAGUUGUUGUUAACCUCCCAGAAGCAAAUGUUGACAUUAAAGCCCCCAAAUUGGAUAUCAAAGGACCAGAGGUUGACUUACCGAGUUCUAGUGGUAAGAUAAAGGGACCUACAAUCAAGUUACCAAAAAUCUCAGGACCAAAAAUCUCCAUGCCAGAUGUGGAUGUUAAUUUGAAAGGGCCCACGCUCAAAGGUGCAGUGGAUAUGUCAGCUCCAAAGAUCGAAGGAGACAUCAAAACACCCGAUGUUGACAUCAAAGGUCCACAAAUUGAUUUUGGAGGACCCAUGGGUGGAUUUGAAAUGCCGAAAAUCAAAUUGCCAACAUUUGGUAUUAAAUCCCCCGAAAUGGAUCUCAAAGGUCCCGAACUCAACAUGCCAGAAGUUUCCCGACCGAAGAUAAACAUGCCAAAUGUCGACUUUGACCCAAAAGCUGCCAAACAUAAAGUUAAUGUGGAUGUGUCCCUUCCAAGAAUUGAGGGAGAUAUCAAAACACCUGAAAUAGAGAUCAGAGGGCCUAAUCUGGAUUUUGAUGCUGAUACCAACCUGAUGGGGCCCAAGUUGAAGGGUGAUUUAAAAGGGGAUGUUCAAAUGCCAAAAGCUGAACUCAGGGGGCCUGAUAUAACAGUAGAUGUUCCAGAGAUUGGUACAAAGAAAACCAAAUUUAAAAUGCCAAAGUUUGGAUUUAAGGGACCAAAGGUAAAGGCCCCAGAGAUUGAUAUGAAAAUGGUACAAGGGGACAUCAGCAUCAAAGAAAAAAAUGGAAGUUCUGAAGGUCUUGAUACUGACCUGGCAUUGACUGGUCCAAAAACUAAAGGUCAAAAAUUCAAGCUGCCACAAUUAGAGGGAACAGAUGUAAACCUUCCAAAAGCUAAUAUUGAUGUUAAAAUACCUAAGGUUGACAUAACAAGUGACAUCAAAGCUCCAAAAAUUGACAUUGAGGCACCAGAGGUUGACAUUGAGGGGCACAAAGGAGGAUUCAAAAUGCCCAAACUUAAAUUGCCAUCCUUUGGUGUUAAAGGCCCGAACGUUGAAGGGCCUGAAGUGGAUGUUAGCCUUCCAACAGGAGACAUUGAUAUUAAAGCACCUGAACUGGAAAUGACAGCACCAGAUGUUGACAUUGAGGGUCAUGGUAGUAAGGUCAACCUGCCAAGUAUUUCCGGACCAAAAGGUGGAUUUGACAUGCCUAAAAUAAAAAUGCCUUCCUUUGGCUUAAAGGGUACAACAUUGGAGGGUCCAGAUAUUGAUGUAAACCUUCCAAAAGCUAAUAUUGAUGUUAACGUACCUAAAGGUGACAUUAAAGGGCCAGAAAUUGACAUCGAAGGUCCUGAUGCAAAACUCAAAGGGCCCAGAUUCAACAUGCCAAGUGUGGCAGGACCCAAACUCUCCAUGCCUAGUGUGGACUUCAAUCUGAGAGGUUCCACUCCUAAAGGUGGUGCUGAUGUUGCACUUCCAAAGAUUGAAGGAACAGAUGUUGACGUUAACCUUCCAAAAAUGAAUAUUGAUGUUAACAUACCUGAGGUUGACAUUAAAGGUGACAUCAAAACUCCCCGGGUUGACCUUGAAGGGCCAGAAAUUGACAUUGAGGGGCACAAGGGAGAAUUCAAAAUGCCGAAAUUUAAAAUGCCAGGCUUUGGAGUGAAAGGUCAAAAACUUGAAGGGCCUGAUGUUGAUGUCAGCUUGCCAGGAACUGAUAUUGAUAUUAAAGCCCCUGGAUUGGAUAUUGAAGUACCAAAAGUUGACCUAGAGAGUCCUAGUGCCAAGAUCAAGGGAACUAAAUUCAAAAUGCCAACCAUCAGUGGACCAAAGAUCAAUAUGCCAGAUGUGGACUUCAAUCUGAAAGGGCCUUCAUUUAAAGGAGAUAUGUCACUUCCAAAGUUGGAAGGAGACAUAACAGCACCUGGUGUUAAUAUUGACGCUCCAGAGAUUGAUCUCAAAGGCCCGAAGGUUGAUGUUUCAGGUCCAAAAGGUGGAUUUGACAUGCCUCAUAUAAAAAUGCCUUCCUUUGGCUUCAAGGGCCCUAAAUUGGAAGGUCCAGAUGUUUAUGUAGACCUUCCAAAAUCUAAUAUUGACGUGACAGUACCUAAGGUUGACAUUAAAGGGCCAGAAAUUGACAUUGAAGGUCCUGAUGCCAAAUUCAAAACACCUAAAAUUAAAAUGCCAUCACUCUCAGGACCCAAGCUUCCAGAGUGGGACCUUAGUCUGAAAGGGCCCAAAAUGAAGGGAGAUGUUGAUGUGUCUGUUCCAAAGAUCGAAGGUGACAUCAAAGCUCCAAAAAUUGACAUUGAAGGGCCAGAUGUUGACGUUGAGGGGCCAAAAGGAGGAUUCAAAAUGCCUAAAUUUAAAAUGCCUGGCUUUGGAGUGAAAGGUCCAAAACUUGAAGGGCCCGAAGUUGAUAUUGAAGCCCCUGAAGUGGAUAUCAAAGGACCGGAGGUUGACUUUGAGACUCCUAGUGGCAAGAUCAAGGGAACUAAAUUCAAAAUGCCAACCAUCAGUGGACCAAAGGUCAGUAUGCCAGAUGUGGACUUAAAUCUGAAAGGGCCUUCAUUUAAAGGAGAUAUGUCACUUCCAAAGUUGGAAGGAGACAUAACAGCACCUGGUGUUAAUAUCGACGCUCCAGAGUUUGAUCUCAAAGGCCCCAAGGUUGAUGUUUCAGGUCCAAAAGGUGGAUUUGACAUGCCUCAUAUAAAAAUGCCUUCCUUUGGCUUCAAGGGCCCUAAAUUGGAAGGUCCAGAUGUUGAUGUAGACCUUCCAAAAUCUAAUAUUGAUGUGACAGUACCUAAGGUUGACAUUAAAGGGCCAGAAAUUGACAUUGAAGGUCCUGAUGCCAAAUUCAAAACACCUAAAAUUAAAAUGCCAUCGCUCUCAGGACCCAAGCUUCCAGAGUGGGACCUUAGUCUAAAGGGGCCCAAAAUGAAGGGAGAUGUUGAUGCGUCUGUUCCAAAGAUUGAAGGUGACAUCAAAGCUCCAAAAAUUGACAUUGAAGGACCAGAUGUUGACAUUGAGGGGCCAAAAGGAGGAUUCAAAAUGCCUAAAUUUAAAAUGCCUGGUUUUGGAGUGAAAGGUCCAAAACUUGAAGGGCCCGAAGUUGACGUCAGCUUGCCAGGAACUGAAGUUGAUAUUGAAGCCCCCGGAUUGGAUAUCAAAGGACCAGAGGUGGACGUUGAGACUCCUAGUGGCAAGAUCAAGGGAACUAAAUUCAAAAUGCCAACCAUCAGCGGACCAAAGAUCAGUAUGCCAGAUGUGGACUUCAAUCUGAAAGGGCCUUCAUUUAAAGGAGAUAUGUCACUUCCAAAGUUGGAAGGAGACAUAAAAGCACCUGAUGUUGAUGUCAAUGCUCCAGACCUUAACGUUCAAGGUCCAAAAGGUGGAUUUGACAUGCCUCAUAUAAAAAUGCCUUCCUUUGGCUUCAAGGGCCCUAAAUUGGAGGGUCCGGAUGUUGAUGUAAAGCUUCCAAAAGCUAAUAUUGAUGUAAACCUACCUAAAGUUGACAUUAAAGGGCCAGAAAUUGACAUUGAAGAUCCUGAUACCAAAUUCAAAACACCUAAAAUUAAAAUGCCAUCGCUGUCAGGACCCAAGCUUCCAGAGUGGGAUCUUAGUCUGAAAGGGCCCAAAAUGAAGGGAGAUGUUGAUGUGUCUGUUCCAAAGAUCGAAGGUGACGUCAAAGCUCCAAAAAUUGACAUUGAAGGACCAGAUGUUGACGUUGAGGGGCCAAAAGGAGGAUUCAAAAUGCCUAAAUUUAAAAUGCCUGGCUUUGGAGUGAAAGGUCCAAAACUUGAAGGGCCCGAAGUUGAUAUUGAAGCCCCCGAAGUGGAUAUCAAAGGACCGGAGGUUGACUUUGAGACUUCUAGUGGCAAGAUCAAGGGAACUAAAUUCAAAAUGCCAACCAUCAGUGGACCAAAGAUCAGUAUGCCAGAUGUGGACUUCAAUCUGAAAGGGCCUUCAUUUAAAGGAGAUAUGUCACUUCCAAAGUUGGAAGGAGACAUAAAAGCGCCUGGCGUUAAUAUCGACACUCCAGAUAUUGAUCUCAAAGGCCCCAAGGUUGAUUUUUCAGGUCCAAAAGGUGGAUUUGACAUGCCUCAUAUAAAAAUGCCUUCCUUUGGCUUCAUGGGCCCUAAAUUGGAAGGUACAGAUGUUGAUGUAGACCUUCCAAAAGCUAAUAUUGAUGUGACAGUACCUAAGGUUGACAUUAAAGGGCCAGAAAUUGACGUUGACACUGAUGCCAAAUUCAAAACACCUAAAAUUAAAAUGCCAUCACUCUCAGGACCCAAGCUUCCAGAGUGGGACCUUAGUCUAAAGGGGCCCAAAAUGAAGGGAGAUGUUGAUGUGACUGUUCCAAAGAUGGAAGGUGACAUCAAUGCUCCAAAAAUUGACAUUGAAGGUCCAGAUGUUGACAUUGAGGGGCCAAAAGGAGGAUUCAAAAUGCCUAAAUUUAAAAUGCCUGGCUUUGGAGUGAAAGGUCAAAAACUUGAAGGGCCCGAAGUUGAUGUCAGCUUGCCUGGAACUGAAGUUGAUAUUGAAGCCCCCGGAUUGGAUAUCAAAGGACCAGAGGUGGACGUUGAGACUCCUAGUGGCAAGAUCAAGGGAACUAAAUUCAAAAUGCCAACCAUCAGCGGACCAAAGAUCAGUAUGCCAGAUGUGGACUUCAAUCUGAAAGGGCCUUCAUUUAAAGGAGAUACGUCACUUCCAAAGUUGGAAGGAGACAUAAAAGCACCUGAUGUUGAUGUCAAUGCUCCAGACCUUAACAUUCAAGGUCCAAAAGGUGGAUUUGACAUGCCUCAUAUAAAAAUGCCUUCCUUUGGCUUCAAGGGCCCUAAAUUGGAGGGUCCGGACGUUGAUGUAAACCUUCCAAAAGCUAAUAUUGAUGUAAACCUACCUAAAGUUGACGUUAAAGGGCCAGAAAUUGACAUUGAAGGUCCUGAUACCAAAUUCAAAACACCUAAAAUUAAAAUGCCAUCACUGUCAGGACCCAAGCUUCCAGAGUGGGACCUUAGUCUGAAAGGGCCCAAAAUGAAGGGAGAUGUUGAUGUGUCUGUUCCAAAGAUCGAAGGUGACAUCAAAGCUCCAAAAAUUGACGUUGAAGGACCAGAUGUUGACGUUGAGGGGCCAAAAGGAGGAUUCAAAAUGCCUAAAUUUAAAAUGCCUGGCUUUGGAGUGAAAGGUCCAAAACUUGAAGGGCCCGAAGUUGAUAUUGAAGCCCCCGAAGUGGAUAUCAAAGGACCGGAGGUUGACUUUGAGACUCCUAGUGGCAAGAUCAAGGGAACUAAAUUCAAAAUGCCAACCAUCAGCGGACCAAAGAUCAGUAUGCCAGAUGUGGACUUCAAUCUGAAAGGGCCUUCAUUUAAAGGAGAUAUGUCACUUCCAAAGUUGGAAGGAGACAUAACAGCACCUGGUGUUAAUAUCGACACUCCAGAGAUUGAUCUCAAAGGCCCCAAGGUUGAUUUUUCAGGUCCAAAAGGUGGAUUUGACAUGCCUCAUAUAAAAAUGCCUUCCUUUGGCUUCAAGGGCCCUAAAUUGGAAGGUACAGAUGUUGAUGUAGACCUUCCAAAAGCUAAUAUUGAUGUGACAGUACCUAAGGUUGACAUUAAAGGGCCAGAAAUUGACGUUGAAGGUCCUGAUGCCAAAUUCAAAACACCUAAAAUUAAAAUGCCAUCGCUCUCAGGACCCAAGCUUCCAGAGUGGGACCUUAGUCUAAAGGGGCCCAAAAUGAAGGGAGAUGUUGAUGUGACUGUUCCAAAGAUGGAAGGUGACAUCAAAGCUCCAAAAAUUGACAUUGAACGACCAGAUGUUGACGUUGAGGGGCCAAAAGGAGGAUUCAAAAUGCCUAAAUUUAAAAUGCCUGGCUUUGGAGUGAAAGGUCCAAAACUUGAAGGGCCUGAAGUUGAUGUCAGUUUGCCAGGAACUGAAGUUGAUAUUGAAGCCCCCGGAUUGGAUAUCAAAGGACCAGAGGUGGACGUUGAGACUCCUAGCGGCAAGAUCAAGGGAACUAAAUUCAAAAUGCCAACCAUCAGCGGACCAAAGAUCAGUAUGCCGGAUGUGGACUUCAAUCUGAAAGGGCCUUCAUUUAAAGGAGAUAUGUCACUUCCAAAGUUGGAAGGAGAUAUAAAAGCGCCUGAUGUUGAUGUCAAUGCUCCAGACCUUAACAUUCAAGGUCCAAAAGGUGGAUUUGACAUGCCUCAUAUAAAAAUGCCUUCCUUUGGCUUCAAGGGCCCUAAAUUGGAGGGUCCAGAUGUUGAUGUAAAGCUUCCAAAAGCUAAUAUUGAUGUUGACCUACCUAAAGUUGACGUUAAAGGGCCAGAAAUUGACAUUGAAGGUCCCGAUACCAAAUUCAAAACACCUAAAAUUAAAAUGCCAUCACUCUCAGGUCCCAAGCUUCCAGAGUGGGACCUUAGUCUGAAGGGGCCCAAAAUGAAGGGAGAUGUUGAUGUGUCUGUUCCAAAGAUUGAAGGUGACAUCAAAGCUCCAAAAAUUGACAUUGAAGGACCAGAUGUUGACGUUGAGGGGCCAAAAGGAGGAUUCAAAAUGCCUAAAUUUAAAAUGCCUGGCUUUGGAGUGAAAGGUCCAAAACUUGAAGGACCUGAAGUUGAUAUCAGUUUGCCAGGAACUGAAGUUGAUAUUGAAGCCCCCGGUUUGGAUAUCAAAGGACCGGAGGUUGACUUUGAGACUCCUAGUGGCAAGAUCAAGGGAACUAAAUUCAAAAUGCCAACCAUCAGCGGACCAAAGAUCAGUAUGCCAGAUGUGGACUUCAAUCUGAAAGGGCCUUCAUUUAAAGGAGAUAUGUCACUUCCAAAGUUGGAAGGAGACAUAAAAGGACCUGCUGUUGAUAUCAAUAAUCCAGACCUUAACAUUCAAGGUCCAAAAGGUGGAUUUGACAUGCCUCAUAUAAAAAUGCCUUCCUUUGGCUUCAAGGGCCCUAAAUUGGAGAGUCCAGAUGUUGAUGUAAAACUUCCAAAAGCUAAUAUUGAUGUUAACCUACCUAAAGUUGACAUUAAAGGGCCAGAAAUUGACAUUGAAGGUCCUGAUGCCAAAUUCAAAACACCUAAAAUUAAAAUGCCAUCACUGUCAGGACCCAAGCUUCCAGAGUGGGACGUUAGUCUGAAGGGGCCCAAAAUGAAGGGAGACUUUGAUGUGUCUAUUCCAAAGAUAGAAGGUGAUAUCAAAACUCCCAAGGUUGACAUUGAAGGGCCAGAAGUUGAUAUUGAGGGGCCAAAAGGAGGAUUCAAAAUGCCGAAAUUUAAAAUGCCACACUUUGGAGGGAAAGGUCCAAAACCUGAAGGACCUGAUGUUGAUGUCAGCUUGCCUGGCACCGAUAUUGAUAUUAAAAGUCCCGGAUUGGAUAUCAAAGGACCAGAGGUUGACCUGGAGAUUCCCAGUGGCAAAAUCAAGGGAACUAAAUUCAAAAUGCCAACAAUCAGCGGACCAAAGAUCAGUAUGCCAGACGUGGACUUCAAUCUGAAAGGGCCUUCAUUGAAAGGAGAUAUGUCACUUCCAAAGCUGGAAGGAGACAUUAAAGCACCUGAUGUUGAUAUCAAUGCUCCAGACUUUAAUAUUCAAGGUCCAAAAGGUGGAUUUGACAUGCCUCAUAUAAAAAUGCCUUCCUUUGGCUUCAAGGGACCUAAAUUGGAGGGUCCAGAUGUUGAUGUAAAUCUUCCAAAAGCUAAUAUUGAUGUUAACCUACCAAAGGUAGAUGUUAAAGGGCCAGAAAUUGACAUGGAAGGUCCUGAUGCAAAAUUAAAAACACCCAACCUAAAAAUGCCAUCACUCUCAGGACCCAAGCUUCCAGAGUGGGACCUCAGUCUCAAGGGGCCGAAAAUGAAGGGAGAUGUUGAUGUGUCUGUUCCAAAGAUAAAAGGUGAUAUCAAAACUCCCAAGGUUGACAUUGAAGGGCCAGAGGUUGACAUUGACGGGCACAGAGGAGGAUUCAAAAUGCCGAAAUUUAAAAUGCCACACUUCGGAGGGAAAGGUCCAAAACUUGAAGGGCCUGAUAUUGAUGUCAGCAUGCCAGGAACUGAUAUUGAUAUUAAAGCUCCUGGAUUGGAUAUCAAAGGACCAGAAGUUGACCUGGAGAGUCCCAGUGGCAAAAUCAAGGGAAGUAAAUUCAAAAUGCCAACAAUCAGCGGACCAAAGAUCAGUAUGCCAGACGUGGACUUCAAUCUGAAAGGGCCUUCAAUGAAAGGAGAUAUGUCACUUCCAAAGCUGGAAGGAGACAUUAAAGCACCUGAUGUUGAUAUCAAUGCUCCAGACUUUAAUAUUCAAGGUCCAAAAGGUGGAUUUGACAUGCCUCAUAUAAAAAUGCCUUCCUUUGGCUUCAAGGGACCUAAAUUGGAGGGUCCAGACGUUGAUGUAAAUCUUCCAAAAGCUAAUAUUGAUGUUAACCUACCAAAGGUAGAUGUUAAAGGGCCAGAAAUUGACAUGGAAGGUCCUGAUGCAAAAUUAAAAACACCCGACCUAAAAAUGCCAUCACUCUCAGGACCCAAGCUUCCAGAGUGGGACCUCAGUCUCAAGGGGCCGAAAAUGAAGGGAGAUGUUGAUGUGUCUGUUCCAAAGAUAAAAGGUGAUAUCAAAACUCCCAAGGUUGACAUUGAAGGGCCAGAGGUUGACAUUGACGGGCACAGAGGAGGAUUCAAAAUGCCGAAAUUUAAAAUGCCACACUUCGGAGGGAAAGGUCCAAAACUUGAAGGGCCUGAUAUUGAUGUCAGCAUGCCAGGAACUGAUAUUGAUAUUAAAGCUCCUGGAUUGGAUAUCAAAGGACCAGAAGUUGACCUGGAGAGUCCCAGUGGCAAAAUCAAGGGAAGUAAAUUCAAAAUGCCAACCAUCACCGGACCAAAGAUCAGUAUGCCAGAUGUGGACUUCAAUCUGAAAGGGCCUUCUCUUAAAGGAGAUAUGUCACUUCCAAAGUUGGAAGGAGACAUAAAAGCGCCUGAUGUUGAUGUCAAUGCUCCAGACUUUAAUAUUCAAGGUCCAAAAGGUGGAUUUGACAUGCCUCAUAUAAAAAUGCCUUCCUUUGGCUUCAAGGGCCCUAAAUUGGAGGGUCCAGAUAUUGAUGUAAACCUUCCAAAAGCUGAUAUUGAUGUUAACAUACCUAAAGUUGACAUUAAGGGGCCAGAAAUUGACAUUGAAGGUCCUGAUGCAAAAUUCAAAACACCCAACAUAAAAAUACCAUCAAUUUCAGGACCCAAGCUUCCAGAGUGGGACCUCAGUCUGAAGGGGCCCAAAAUGAAGGGAGACUUUGAUGCGUCUAUUCCAAAGAUAAAAGGUGAUAUCAAAACUCCCAAGGUUGACAUUGAAGGGCCAGAAGUUGACAUUGAGGGGCACAGAGGAGGAUUCAAAAUGCCGAAAUUUAAAAUGCCAAACUUUGGAGGGAAAGGUCCAAAACUUGAAGGGCCUGAUGUUGAUGUCAGCUUGCCAGGCACUGAUAUUGAUAUUAAAGCUCCCGGAUUGGAUAUCAAAGGACCAGAGGUUGAUUUGGAGAGUCCAAGUGGCAAAAUCAAGGGAACUAAAUUCAAAAUGCCAACCAUCACUGGACCAAAGAUCAGUAUGCCAGAUGUGGACUUCAAUAUGAAAGGACCUUCAUUUAAAGGAGAUACGUCACUUCCAAAGUUGGAAGGAGACAUAAAAGGACCUGCUGUUGAUAUCAAUGCUCCAGACCUUAACAUUCAAGGUCCAAAAGGUGGAUUUGACAUGCCUCAUAUAAAAAUGCCUUCCUUUGGCUUCAAGGGACCUAAAUUGGAGGGUCCAGAUGUUGAUGUAAAUCUUCCAAAAGCUAAUAUUGAUGUUAACCUACCAAAGGUAGAUGUUAAAGGGCCAGAAAUUGACAUGGAAGGUCCUGAUGUAAAAUUAAAAACACCCAACCUAAAAAUGCCAUCACUCUCAGGACCCAAGCUUCCAGAGUGGGACCUCAGUCUCAAGGGGCCCAAAAUGAAGGGAGAUGUUGAUGUGUCUGUUCCAAAGAUAAAAGGUGAUAUCAAAACUCCCAAGGUUGACAUUGAAGGGCCAGAAGUUGACAUUGAGGGGCACAGAGGAGGAUUCAAAAUGCCGAAAUUUAAAAUGCCACACUUUGGUGGAAAAGGUCCAAAACUUGAAGGGCCUGAAGUUGAUGUCAGCUUGCCAGGAAGUGAUAUUGAUAUUAAAGCUCCUGGAUUAGAUAUCAAAGGACCAGACGUUGACCUGGAGAGUCCUAGUGGUAAAAUCAAGGGAACUAAAUUCAAAAUGCCAACGAUCACCGGACCAAAGAUCAGUAUGCCAGAUGUGGACUUCAAUCUGAAAGGGCCUUCAUUAAAAGGUGAUAUGUCACUUCCAAAGUUGAAAGGAGAACUAAAAGCACCUGACGUUGAUAUCAAUGCUCCAGACUUCAAUAUGGAAGGUCCAAAAGUUGAUGUUAAAGGUCCAAAAGCUGGAUUUGACAUGCCUCAUAUAAAAAUGCCUUCCUUUGGCUUCAAGGGCCCUAAAUUGGAGGGUCCAGAUGUUGAUGUUAACCUUCCAAAAGCUAAUAUUGAUGUCAACCUACCUAAGGUUGACAUGGAAGGUCCAGACAUUGACAUUGAAGGUCCUGAUGCAAAAUUCAAAACACCUAAAAUUAAAAUGCCAUCACUGUCAGGACCCAAGCUUCCAGAGUGGGACGUUAGUCUGAAGGGGCCCAAAAUGAAGGGAGACUUUGAUGUGUCUAUUCCAAAGAUAGAAGGCGAUAUCAAAACUCCAAAGGUUGACAUUGAAGGGCCUGAAGUUGACAUUGAGGGACACAGAGGAGGAUUCAAAAUGCCGAAAUUUAAAAUGCCAAACUUUGGAGGGAAAGGUCCAAAACUUGAAGGUCCGGAUGUGGAUGUCAGCUUGCCAGGAACUGAUAUUGAUAUUAAAGCUCCCGGUUUGGAUAUCACAGGAACAGAGGUUGACCUGGAGAGUCCCAGUGGUAAAAUCAAGGGAAGUAAAUUUAAAAUGCCAACCAUCACCGGACCAAAGAUCAGUAUGCCAGACGUGGACUUCAAUCUUAAAGGGCCUUCAAUUAAAGGAGAUACGUCACUUCCAAAGUUGGAAGGAGACAUAAAAGGACCUGCUGUUGAUAUCAAUGCUCCAGACCUUAACAUUCAAGGUCCAAAAGGUGGAUUUGAUAUGCCUCAUAUAAAAAUGCCUUCCUUUGGCUUCAAGGGCCCUAAAUUGGAGGGUCCAGAUGUUGAUGUUAACCUUCCAAAAGCUAAUAUUGAUGUUAACCUACCUAAGGUUGACAUGGAAAGUCCAGACAUUGACGUUGAAGGUCCUGAUGCAAAAUUCAAAACACCUAAAUUUAAAAUGCCAUCAAUGUCAGGACCCAAGCUUCCAGAGUGGGACGUUAGUCUGAAGGGGCCAAAAAUGAAGGGAGACUUUGAUGUGUCUAUUCCCAAGAUAAAAGGUGAUAUCAAAACUCCGAAGGUUGACAUUGAAGGGCCAGAGGUUGACAUUGACGGGCACAGAGGAGGAUUCAAAAUGCCGAAAUUUAAAAUGCCACACUUCGGAGGGAAAGGUCCAAAACUUGAAGGGCCUGACAUUGAUGUCAGCGUGCCAGGAACUGAUAUUGAUAUAAAAUCUCCUGGAUUGGAUAUCAAAGGACCAGAGGUUGACCUGGAGAGUCCCAGUGGCAAAAUCAAGGGAAGUAAAUUCAAAAUGCCAACCAUCACUGGACCAAAGAUCAAUAUGCCAGACGUGGACUUCAAUCUGAAAGGGCCUUCAUUUAAAGGAGAUAUGUCACUUCCAAAGUUGGAAGGAGACAUAAAAGCACCUGCUGUUGAUAUCAAUGCUCCAGACCUUAACAUUCAAGGUCCAAAAGGUGGAUUUGACAUGCCUCAUAUAAAAAUGCCUUCCUUUGGCUUCAAGGGCCCUAAAUUGGAGGGUCCAGAUGUUGAUGUUAACCUUUCAAAAGCUAAUAUUGAUGUUAACAUACCUAAGGUUGACAUGGAAGGUCCAGACAUUGACAUUGAAGGUCCUGAUGCAAAAUUCAAAACACCUAAAUUUAAAAUGCCAUCAAUGUCAGGACCCAAGCUUCCAGAGUGGGACGUUAGUCUGAAGGGGCCCAAAAUGAAGGGAGACUUUGAUGUGUCUAUUCCAAAGAUAGAAGGUGAUAUCAAAACACCCAAGGUUGACAUUGAAGGGCCUGAAGUUGACAUUGAGGGACACAGAGGAGGAUUCAAAAUGCCGACAUUCAAAAUGCCAAACUUUGGAGGGAAAGGUCCAAAACUUGAAGGGCCUGAUGUGGAUGUCAGCUUGCCAGGAACUGAUAUUGAUAUUAAAGCUCCAGGUUUGGAUAUCGCUGGAACAGAGGUUGACUUGGAGAGUCGAAGCGGCAAAAUCAAGGGAACUAAAUUUAAAAUGCCAACCAUCACCGGACCAAAGAUCAGUAUGCCAGACGUGGACUUUAAUCUUAAAGGGCCUUCAAUUAAAGGAGAUAUGUCACUUCCAAAGUUGGAAGGAGACAUAAAAGGACCCGCUGUUGAUAUCAAUGCUCCAGACCUUAACAUUCAAGGUCCAAAAGGUGGAUUUGAUAUGCCUCAUAUAAAAAUGCCUUCCUUUGGCUUCAAGGGCCCUAAAUUGGAGGGUCCAGAUGUUGAUGUUAACCUUCCAAAAGCUAAUAUUGAUGUCAACCUACCUAAAGUUGACGUUAAAGGGCCAGAAAUUGACAUUGAAGGUCCUGAUACCAAAUUCAAAACACCUAAAAUUAAAAUGCCAUCAAUGUCAGGACCCAAGCUUCCAGAGUGGGACGUUAGUCUGAAGGGGCCCAAAAUGAAGGGAGACUUUGAUGUGUCUAUUCCAAAGAUAAAAGGUGAUAUCAAAACUCCGAAGGUUGACGUUGAAGGGCCAGAGGUUGACAUUGACGGGCACAGAGGAGGAUUCAAAAUGCCGAAAUUUAAAAUGCCACACUUCGGAGGGAAAGGUCCAAAACUUGAAGGGCCUGAUAUUGAUGUCAGCGUGCCAGGAACUGAUAUUGAUAUCAAAGCUCCUGGAUUCGAUAUCAAAGGACCAGAGGUUGACCUGGAGAGUCCCAGUGGCAAAAUCAAGGGAAGUAAAUUCAAAAUGCCAACCAUCACCGGACCAAAGAUCAGUAUGCCAGACGUGGACUUCAAUCUGAAAGGGCCUUCAAUUAAAGGAGAUACGUCACUUCCAAAGUUGGAAGGAGACAUAAAAGGACCUGCUGUUGAUAUCAAUGCUCCAGACCUUAACAUUCAAGGUCCAAAAGGUGGAUUUGACAUGCCUCAUAUAAAAAUGCCUUCCUUUGGCUUCAAGGGCCCUAAAUUGGAGGGUCCAGAUGUUGAUGUUAACCUUCCAAAAGCUAAUAUUGAUAUCAACCUACCUAAGGUUGACAUGGAAGGUCCAGACAUUGACAUUGAAGGUCCUGAUGCAAAAUUCAAAACACCUAAAUUUAAAAUGCCAUCAAUGUCAGGACCCAAGCUUCCAGAGUGGGACGUUAGUCUGAAGGGGCCCAAAAUGAAGGGAGACUUUGAUGUGUCUAUUCCAAAGAUAGAAGGUGAUAUCAAAACUCCAAAGGUUGACAUUGAAGGGCCAGAAGUUGACAUUGAGGGACACAGAGGAGGAUUCAAAAUGCCGACAUUUAAAAUGCCAAACUUUGGAGGGAAAGGUCCAAAACUUGAAGGGCCUGAUGUUGACGUCAGUUUGCCAGAAACUGAUAUUGAUAUUAAAGCUCCCGGAUUGGAUAUCAAAGGACCAGAGGUUGACAUGGAGAGUCCUAGUGGCAAAAUCAAGGGAAGUAAAUUCAAAAUGCCAACCAUCAGCGGACCAAAGAUUAGUAUGCCAGAUGUGGACUUCAAUCUGAAAGGGCCUUCAUUUAAAGGAGAUAUGUCACUUCCAAAGUUGGAAGGAGACAUAAAAGCACCUGAUGUUGAUGUCAAUGCUCCAGACCUUAACAUUCAAGGUCCAAAAGGUGGAUUCGACAUGCCUCAUAUAAAAAUGCCUUCCUUUGGCUUCAAGGGCCCUAAAUUGGAGGGUCCAGAUGUUGAUGUAAACCUUCCAAAAGCUGAUAUUGAUGUUAACGUACCUAAGGUUGACAUUAAAGGGCCAGAAAUUGACAUUGAAGGUCCUGAUGCAAAAUUCAAAACACCUAAAAUUAAAAUGCCAUCACUGACAGGACCCAAGCUUCCAGAGUGGGACCUCAGUCUAAAGGGGCCCAACAUGAAGGGAGGUGUUGAUGUGUCUAUUCCAAAGAUAGAAGGUGAUAUCAAAACUCCCAAGGUUGACAUUGAAGGGCCAGAAGUUGAUAUUGAGGGACACAGAGGAGGAUUCAAAAUGCCGAAAUUUAAAAUGCCAACCUUUGGUGGGAAGAGUCCAAAACUUGAAGGACCUGAUGUUGACGUCAGUUUGCCAGAAACUGAUAUUGAUAUUAAAGCUCCCGGAUUGGAUAUCAAAGGACCAGAGGUUGACAUGGAGAGUCCUAGUGGCAAAAUCAAGGGAAGUAAAUUCAAAAUGCCAACCAUCAGCGGACCAAAGAUUAGUAUGCCAGAUGUGGACUUCAAUCUGAAAGGGCCUUCAUUUAAAGGAGAUAUGUCACUUCCAAAGUUGGAAGGAGACAUAAAAGCACCUGAUGUUGAUGUCAAUGCUCCAGACCUUAACAUUCAAGGUCCAAAAGGUGGAUUCGACAUGCCUCAUAUAAAAAUGCCUUCCUUUGGCUUCAAGGGCCCUAAAUUGGAGGGUCCAGAUGUUGAUGUAAACCUUCCAAAAGCUGAUAUUGAUGUUAACGUACCUAAGGUUGACAUUAAAGGGCCAGAAAUUGACAUUGAAGGUCCUGAUGCAAAAUUCAAAACACCUAAAAUUAAAAUGCCAUCACUGACAGGACCCAAGCUUCCAGAGUGGGACCUCAGUCUAAAGGGGCCCAACAUGAAGGGAGGUGUUGAUGUGUCUAUUCCAAAGAUAGAAGGUGAUAUCAAAACUCCCAAGGUUGACAUUGAAGGGCCAGAAGUUGAUAUUGAGGGACACAGAGGAGGAUUCAAAAUGCCGAAAUUUAAAAUGCCAACCUUUGGUGGGAAGAGUCCAAAACUUGAAGGACCUGAUGUUGAUGUCAGUUUGCCAGGCACUGAUAUUGAUAUUAAAGCUCCCGGAUUGGAUAUCAAAGGACCGGAGGUUGACUUUGAGAGUCCUAGUGGCAAAAUCAAGGGAACUAAAUUUAAAAUGCCAACCAUCAGCGGACCAAACAUCAAUAUGCCAGAUGUGGACUUCAAUCUGAAAGGGCCUUCAUUUAAAGGAGAUAUGUCACUUCCAAAGUUGGAAGGAGACAUAAAAGCACCUGAUGUUGAUAUCAAUGCUCCAGACCUUAACAUUCAAGGUCCAAAAGGUGGAUUUGACAUGCCUCAUAUAAAGAUGCCUUCCUUUGGCUUCAAGGGCCCUAAGUUGGAAGGUCCAGAUGUUGAUUUAAACCUUCCAAAAGCUAAUAUUGAUGUUAACGUACCUAAGGUUGACAUUGAAGGGCCAGAAAUUGACAUUGAAGGUCCUGAUGCAAAAUUCAAAACACCUAAAAUUAAAAUGCCAUCACUGUCAGGACCCAAUCUUCCAGAGUGGGACCUCAGUCUCAAGGGGCCGAAAAUGAAGGGAGGUGUUGAUGUGUCUAUUCCAAAGAUAGAAGGUGAUAUCAAAACUCCCAAGGUUGAUAUUGAAGGGCCAGAAGUUGACAUUGAGGGACACAGAGGAGGAUUCAAAAUGCCGAAAUUUAAAAUACCAACCUUUGGUGGGAAGAGUCCCAAAUUUGAAGGACCUGAUGUUGAUGUUGGUUUGUCAGGAACUGAUAUUGAUAUUAAAGCCCCUGGAUUGGAUAUCAAAGGACAAGAGGUUGACCUAGAGAUUCCUAGUGGCAAGUUAAAGGGACCAAGAAUCCAAAUGCCAACCAUAUCAGGACCAAAGAUCAGUAUGCCAGAUGUUGACUUCAAUCUAAAAGGGCCAUCAUUUAAAGGUGAUAUGUCACUUCCAAAGGUGGAAAGAGACAUAAAAGGACCUGAUGUUGAUAUCAAUGCUCCAGACCUUAACAUUCAAGGUCCAAAAGGUGGAUUUGACAUGCCUCAUAUAAAAAUGCCUUCCUUUGGCUUCAAGGGCCCUAAAUUGGAGGGUCCAGAUGUUGAUGUAAACCUUCCAAAAGCUAAUAUUGAUGUUAACGUACCUAAGGUUGACAUUAAAGGGCCAGAAAUUGACAUUGAAGGUCCUGAUGCCAAAUUCAAAGGAACCAAGAUCAAAUUACCAUCACUGUCAGGACCCAAGCUUCCAGAGUGGGACCUUAGUAUGAAGGGCUCCAACAUGAAGGGAGGUGUUGAAAUGUCUGGUCCAACGAUUGAGGGUGACAUAAAAGCUCCCAAGGUUGAUAUUGAAGGACCAGAUUUUGACUUCGAGGGUCAGAAAGGAGGAUUUAAAAUGCCCAAGUUUACAAUGCCAUCAUUUGGUGGAAAAGGUCCUAAACUUGAAGGCCCAGAAAUUGAUGUCAGCCUUCCAACAGCGAACAUUGAUAUUAAAGCACCUGAAGUGGAUAUCACUGGACUAGAUGCUGACAUUGAGAGUUCUAGUGGUAAGUUUAAAGGGCCCAGAUUCAACGUGCCAAAUAUUUCAGGACCUAAGCUCUCCAUGCCCAGUGCGGAUUUCAAUCUGAAAGGUUCCACUCCUAAAGGGGGUGUUGAUGUCUCAGUUCCAAAGCUGGAAGGACCUGAACUCAAAUCACCAACCAUGACAAUAGAAGGUGGAAAGACAGGUGUUACUUUUCCCAAGUUCAAGGGUCCUAAGUUUGGAAUGAAAUCGCCAGAAGUUGAAGGUCCUGAUUUGAUGGUUAAAAAACCCAUGUUCAGUGUGGGAGCUAAAGGUUCCAAAACAGAUGUACAUCUCCCAGACACUGAAGCAAGUCUGGAUGCCCCUGAUAUUGACAUCAGUGUAAAGGGGAAAAGGGGUAAAUUUAAGCUUCCUAAAGUGAAAGCAAAGGCAAAGAAAUCAGAUUUUGACAUAGCAACACCAGCCAUAGAUGUUGAUGUAGACACACCAAAUAUUCAUGCCAAAGGAACAAAAGUAAAGAAGCCUAUGUUUGGUAGGCUUCAUUUUCCUGAUGUGGAAUUUGAUAUGAAAUCACCAAAAUUAAAAGGCGCUGGGUCUUUAUCUGAGGGACUGAAAUCACAUGACAUAGAUUUGCCAUCUGUAAGCCUGAAUGCUGCCUCUGAUGGAUCUUCCAUGGCGUGUUCAGAUGUUAGGUUGGAAGGGUCAGAUUUGAAAUUUAAGACUUCUGAUGCAAAUUAUUCGGUGGGCAGUGCAAGUGGUGGCAUUCAAUACCCAGAGGGUACAGUCACAUUCCCCAAAAUCAAGGCACCAACAUUUGGUAUUGCCCUCCCUCAGCUAAAAGGCGAAGAAGGUGGAGGAAAUGUAAAAUCUGAAUUUUCAGUAACUGGAGGAAUAAAUCUACAGCCUCCGUCGGUUAGUGCCCAGAAUGUUGAGGUUGCGAGUCCAGAACUAAAGCAAAGUGAAGGUAAAGUAAGGGUAAAGAUGCCAAAACUAUUUGGCAAAUCAAAAGCAAAGGGCAGUAGUGUAGGUGAUGUUCGGGGACCUGAGGGAGAAUUCAGUGCCAGUGGAAAAGGAAGUAAAGACCUAAGUGUGCACACUGGGGAAUUAAAACUAGAAGGUGAUCCUGGACUUGGUGUGUCAACUAAAGGCAAGUCAGCCUCACUAGAUCUUUUCAAGAAGUCAAGGCAUAGGUCAUCGUCUCUGAGUGAUGAGGGAGGGCUUGCAGUCAGUUCUCCUUCAGUUCACCUAGAUGCUGAGGGUGGCGACAUUUCAUUAGACAUGGGAGGAAGCAAGGUUAAAGGAAAGAAAAGCAAGUUGAAGUUUGGCACCUUUGGAGGGUUUGGUUCAAAGUCUAAGGGCUCAUAUGAAGUGACACUUGGUGAGGGCAGUGAAGCAGGAGCAGAGGGAAGUGCAGGUCUGUCCCUACCCUCUAAAAAGUCAAGAUUGUCCUCAUCUUCCAGCAGUGACAGUGUUUCAAGAGGCGGUUUUAGGUUCCCAAGACUUGAACUAUCGGUCUCACCCAAAAAAUGAUUGGUUAUAAAGCCAAUUCAAUUCUCAUGUACAGUCAAAAAUAUUCUUCUUGAACGUUAAAUUCUUUAAACAGCACUUUGUUUAAAUCUCUGGAGACACACAGUCAUCUUAAUGUCAUUAACAAUAAGAAAUUAUUUUCGCUUUUUUUUCAAUAAUUAGUCAGGAGUGCAUGAGAUUGUUUAAAAUCCCUUCAAACUGUAAAUAAGAUUAAUUUGUAUUGUAAUAAUAAAUAUCGUUUUUUGUACAUAGUCCAGAUUUAUUGAAAAUAUGCCAUAUCACCAAAUAUCCAUCAAUAGUUUAUUACAGGGUUUGUCAUUUUGUCCUACUACAUUCUAUUAAAUGAAUGUUUUAAUGAACGGGUGUGGUACGUUUGUAUCCAGGGGUCUAAUGCACAGAACAGAUCUUUACAAUAAUUAUUUUGAAGGAAAAUCCUGUUUAUACACAAAACACAAAUACAAACAUUUACCAGUUUUUCUUAAUGAAAUAAUUUUAUUUUCAAGCUUUGAUAUAAUAUAACCGUUGUAGAAGUAUAUUUAUGUAACAGAGAGCUGGCCAGGGGCGGACUUGGAGCAUCAGACCUCGGAUUUUGGAGGCUAACCAAUGUAAGAGAUAGAAAUUAAUCUGUGGAAAUAGAUAUUUUCUCAAUAACUCAGUCUAUUAUUUUGUUGGUUGAAUUCAUUAUGAGGUUUAUUCACAGAGUGGUAAUUACAAAUCAUACAUUUUUUAAGUCAGAAUUUUCUCUGAAAUUGUCUCACACGCAGUCUUUAUUUUUUUUAUCAUUCAUUUUAUUUAUUAUUUUUAAUGCUUGAUUAAGUUUAAUUCAUUGUGUACAUUUUAAUUAAUUCAUUAAUUAAUUUGCUAUCUCACUAAUUCAUUCAUAUAUUCACAGACUGAACUAAUGUGGCAUCCUAUUUAAAGGAAGGUCGCUUUAAAAAAAGAAAUCACUAUAACUUCUAACCUAAUGCUUUGAAACAGUGCACACUGAGUGAGUGCAGUCCGCCACUGGCUGGCCAUAACACAUUUACAUUCUAAAGGGUGAUGAUGUUGUAUACACCAUAUUUGCAAAGACAAUCACUGUUUAGAAAAACUAUCAACUCUCUCUAAAAUGCUGCAAGUACUUCUCUGUUCAUUUUUAAGCAAAUCAAUUCACCUUCAAAUUUUGUGAUUUAUCAAAAAUAUGCAUUUGUGUCACUUGUAUUAAACAGUUUGUGCUUCCUUAUUUUCAUUCUUACCUUUUUUACGAUCCUCUGUAUUUUAUUUCUUUUGUCACUCUCUGUACACACUGUUAUGAAUAUGUAAAACCAUGUCACAAAUAUAGACAUUUGUAUUUCAUUUGUAUCCACAAAUAUGCAUUGACAGAGAGUUGCAUAGUUUGGAUCAGAUAUGAUGAAAAUGGAAGACAAUAUUUUGGGUCUAUUCUUUUGUUUGCAUUCUGCCAAAGAAACUAAAUAAAAAAUUUACAGAAUUAA